ACAGGGAGGGUCGUGUCAAACUUUCCUGUUUUCGGUGUUGGUAAAAUUAUCGUGUGUUAUACCAGUGUUUGGAACUCGAUGUGAAGUGAACUAAAGACCCUUAUUAAAAUAAAAACUUGUUUCAUUAAGUUUUUUUUUUAAAUUUUAAUGGGACGUGGCAUCUAAUGACUUGCAAUUAUUAAUGUUGAAGUGUUUAGGUUGAUGUCAAGAUUAUUUUCAGAUAUUUGAAGAUGGCGUAACUGCGAGCAGGAUGCAGACAGCAAUCCUUGUGUUGACGCUUACAUGUGUCAUUUCCUUCACGUGUACACAUGCUAAAAUAGGUUACUUUUGGCACAUAACAGACUUCCACUACGACCCGUUGUAUACUCCACAUGGCGACACUAGAAGACACUGCCGCCGAACGGAUGAGAGAGGAAGUUCAGGACACCACAGGGCGCUUGGUCGGUUUGGUGAUUAUUCCUGUGACAGCUCGUUAGAACUUAUACAGUCCGCCUUGAAGUAUAUGCGUACUAGGCAUUCAGAGAAUGUUGAGUUUGUUUUGUGGACUGGGGACAUUAUAGCUGCAAGAUACAAUGUAAAUGAAGAUGAAAGGUACCAGGCGAUCAGAAAUAUAACGGAGCUACUCCGAAUGACCUUUAGUUCUCACUUCGUUUUUCCGGUACUCGGUCACACGGAUCCCGCGCCUUCUGAAAGUCUUACAAAUUUGUGGAGUCAUUGGUUACCGAUGGAAGCUUUACAAACUUUAAGAAACGGUGGUUACUACACGAUAGAGCAAACACAAAGUAAAUUACGGAUCGUGGCUCUGAACACGAAUCUAUUCACCGUUCGUGAGGAGAAGAGCAUUCAUGCGAGACGCCAGUGGGAAUGGCUCGAUGCAGUCUUAGAAAAAGCAACAUCGAACAAAGAAAUGGUGUACAUCGUGGGACACGCCGCACCAGGCUCUGACUCGCGAUACAACGUGCUAUCUGUUGACGCAAAUGGAAAAUAUCUGAGAUUGGUACGACGGUACGCCAGGAUCAUAGCUGGACAGUUUUUUGGCCACUUACACGUCGAUACUUUCCGUGUUAUUUAUGAUAAAGAACAACCAGUGUCUUGGGCACUGUUGGCUCCAUCUUUAACACCACAUCGUGAUUUUGGAAGUUCAUCCAACCCUGGACUAAGACUGUACAAAUUUGACUCAGAUACGGGCAAGGUGUUAGACUACACGCAAUUCUACCUGGAUUUAGCAGCUGCAAAUAGGGCGGAUAAAGCCUCGGAAUGGGUGACCGAAUAUAAUCUGACGCAGUACUACGGACUACGAGAUGUCUCCGCUGAAUCGCUUCACAAUUUAGCAGAGAAAUUGCGAUUCAAUUCUCCUCAAGAAACAACUUUCUUUGCCAAAUACCUUCGAGCUCAUAAUGUAAAGUAUGAUGCAGCAGAUAACUGCGAUGGUGCUUGCGCCCAUCAGCAUUUCUGUGCGAUUACUUGCUUAGAGCACAUAUCGUACCGUCACUGUGUGGAAGCUGCAGCAAGUGCAUUAGCAGCAUCAGGAAAAUCUUCUCCGCUCGUCGCUUCGCUCAUUAACAUAGUGCUUACCAUUAUAACAAUCAUAAUUGUUGCUAAGUAAUUUCUAUAGCUACUGUUUUAUAGUCAUAGUAAUAAUAUGUUCAUUAUAUCAAGUAAAUAUUUUAUUCAUGGCAAAUAAUUUAUCAUUUUAGUUACUCUAAACAAAUAUUGAAAUACUAUAAGUAUUAAUACUAUUAGUAGAAAAUCUGUUGGUUCAAUUUCAUACAAAUUGAAACCGUAUGGUUAAAUGUAUUCGUAAGAAUGCUUGAUUGAUUUAUUUUACUGUAAGGUUUUUAUUUUAUUUAAAUGUUUUAACUGUUUUUAUAAUCAAAUUUAAAUUGUAUUGUACUGAUCUGUUCUAAAACUCUUUUAGUUAGAAUAGAUCUUAAACAUACUUAUAUAAAUAAUAUUUUGUUGUUUUGUAAAGACUAUGUAUUUAGCCUUUGUUUCUUAUUAGGCCUUGCUAUAAUAUGCAACGUUGGCUAGAAAUUUAAACUAACUGUAGUGAUUAUGGCCUGAAAGCUUUAUUUAUAAUAAAGAGUAUUAAUGUGCUCAAGGCAGCUUGUGAUAUAGAUAUUACAGACACGGUGAAAGAUGAAACCAUGAUGAACAACCAUUUCUUAUUUUAUUUACUGAAGCCUGUUACAAUAAGGGCGUACCUUCAAUACUUAGUACCGUAGUUGCUGCUAACCUUCGAGGAAAAAUAGAAAUGUAAUAGUGCAGUAAACCUUAAAAAGUAAAGAAUGUAUAAGAAUAGACUGUCUUUUUUAAUUAAUAUGUCGUAUUUAUCAUGUAACAAUUUUCUACAAUAGAGUAGUCCCUAUAACGCGGGAUGCUUAUAACAGGCUUAUAUAUAUUAUCUCAGUUUAAAUGUUCUAUAUCGGCAAUUCUCCAUAACGAGGAGAUCUGGACGCGGAAAUCUAUAAUUUUAUAAUGAUUUGUGCAGUCUAUGUAUAGCUUCGUGUACAUUUUCACACCUAAAUGAAAUAGUAAAACUAAGCAAACAAUUUGAAAUACUUGUUACGAAUUGUGAUUAAUUAUUAUCAUUAUUAUUAUAAUCACGAAUUACGAGGUCGUAAGAAAGCGUUAUACGGAAACUUAUUCCUAUAACGUAGAAGCACUCGUUAAUGGGUGCAUUACCUGUAUUUGAAUGCAAAAUUAAUAAUUCAAGAUUGAAAUGUCAUCGAAAUUUGAGACUAAUGUUGGCUGAACCCAAGCUGAACCCAUUCUUUCACGGUUAAGCCAGUGUGCACGAUCCUGUUCAAACUUAGUUCAACUGGUUGUACAAACAGUUCAACUUCGUUCACUUUGAUGUAUGCUGAAACCGACUUCGGAAGACGAAGUGAAAUGUUUGAUCAAACUUAAAAGUUAUAACAUACGCUCAAAUGCCCACACCACACUUCACGACUUCGCUACAGAAAUUGAAGUUGAGUUUGUUGACAGCGUUAUAACCAUGAUUUACUAUGAUUAAAUAGUCAAAGAACUUGCAGUUUUAUGAGCGAAUAGAAAUAAUACAUUAAUUUUAACAAAAAAUUUUUUAAGUUCUGAAAUUAUAAUAAUUCUCUAUUCUGCAGUAUUUGAAUAAUAUUUUUAAUUCGCUUCGCAUGAAAUUUUCAUGACCGAAAUGAUUGCAUGAAUUCAUGACACUAUGCCAGUAGUAUAUUGACGUACCAAUUUUUUUUUUUAAUUACUAUAAGAUUUCAAUCAGAAUUUUACGAAAUUCUUCAUUCAAAGAAAAAUUACUAUAUUAAUUUAUAUAACCAGCAUUAGAUCGAUUUAUAUAAUUUGAUUUAAUGUUUAUUUAUUAUAGUUGAAUUGCAAUCUUAAGACGAGAUCUUAAUUUUAUUUGGCGACCUUAGAUUUAGAAUUGGUCUCUGCUGCGCUCCAACUAGAUACCGCAGGCGUAGUCGCAAAGUGCGGCAACUAAUACUAAUCGAACAAUGUGUGACGUUGACGUGCCAUAUGUUCUGUUAAACUUUGCUAAUAAUUGUAACUUAUAGGCCUUGUAGUGCGUAGUAAAACUUUGUAAAAAUAAUACUAUAAGAAAUAAGAAAGACACUGGGAUCACAUAUCAUCAGUAAGAAUUUUGAAUUUUACUAAUGUCAAUGUAAAAUUACACGAAGCGUGUGUUACAAAAUUUGAAAUAUGUCAUUGAGUGUUAGGAUGCCACGCACACAAGCAUCUAAUAGUUGCCGUAAUAAAAAAAGCUAUUGUUCUUAGGUUGUGCGGUAUCUAGUUGGAGACCAAUCCGGCAUCGAACUUGGCGACUUAUUUUUCUUCCAAUAAAAAUCUUGAUUGUAUGUACGUUCAUAGUUGUUUUAUGAAAAAACUCAUCUUGAAAUAUUAUGUGUGUAUAUUUUUAUAAAAUAAGGAUUUAGAAUAUGUAAAUAUGUCUAAUAACCUUUAUAGAAUGUAAUUCGGUGUUUGUAAAUGAGGAACAACUAGUGGUUAAGCUUACUAUUAAUAUAUUCAUGUGAGUCAGUUUUCAUUGCAUAGAACAAAGAAUAGAUAACAUUUGAAAUUGUUUUUUUUUUCGUCACAGUACGUUGUACUUAGUUUUAAGUUACUUAAUGUUUCGAUUGGUUUUA